AUGCUUUCCAGGUCAAUUCGUUUAUGUGCAAGAAGAAUUCCCAAAAGACAAUUUCCAAUUGUCGCCCGUUCACUUGUUUCCGUGCCAAGAGUUGCUGUUAUUUCCCCCACAAGGGUCUUUGCGGCAAACUACAGCUCUUCCACUCAGCCCGAUGCCAAUGGAAAAGGGGAGUUGUUGAUUGAGUUCACCUGUAACGUGUGUGAUGAAAGGUCUGCUCACAACAUGUCCAAGCAAGCUUACGAGCAUGGUACUGUGUUGAUUCAAUGUCCCAAAUGCAAAAGCAGACACUUGAUUGCUGACCAUUUGGGAUUUAUCAGAGAUGAAAAUUUUAAUCUUAAAGACUACAUUGAAAGUCAAGGAGAUAAAAUUAAGGAGCAGGUAUUGGAAUUUGAAAAGAUUCCACCAAACUUGGCACAUUCUUCGGGACAAACUGCUGAGGAAGAUACUCCAAAGCAAGAGAAGAUUUUGGAUCUUGAAACACCAGAUAACGAGGUGAUUAAAAACAAGAAGGAGUAG